AAAUUGAGAAAACGACUACGAAGACUAAACAUCAGUGUUGUGAGGUGGCAAAGCUGUUGGAUCAAGACUGGGUGUUUAUUGAAGAACUGAAUUACGUCCCCUUUCUUAUUUAAUUGAUGGGCGACAUGGAACCAACAAUCGAUGAGGUGGACAAAAAUAGCAACAAUCCCACGGCCACCCUCGAUUUAGAACAAUCAGUUGACAGUGGGAAGGACGCAGAAUCACUUUCAAAAGAGAGGUUCAUAGAGGUUACUACAAGCCCACAGAAGGUUACUGAAAAAUUCUGCAGCGAAUCAUGCUCCGAAUUCUCGAAGUGUCUGAAACGUUUCCAAAAGGAGAAGCCAAUAAACAUAAAGCAAAAUCGAAGGCGUUUCUUCGAAGUGAUUGAUGAAGAAGCCAAAAGGAGAACGAAUCAUUUGAAAUGUGCCGCAAAGGGUGUAGAUAUGUUCGAACAGUUCAGAUAUUAUCGAUUUUUGUUUCUUAAAAAGAGACGAGAUACAAAGAUGCAGCGGGUGGCUAAAAACGAACAUAUUGUAGAUGAACAGGAGUCUAGUUUGCCUCCUGUGGUCGAUGAAUUGGUUCAGGUGAACAAAACUCAUAAAGUUGCAAAACCGAGUGCGGGUACAUCCACAAACACUUCCCUUUUGAAGGUUAAAAAAAGCAAAAAUAAUAAGACUAAAUUAAACCAAGAUACAAAUGAAAAUGAUGAUGCAAGUGCUUUAAAAGAAAAAACUGAGAAAAUUAAAGAUAAGAAUAAAAAUAAGAAAGUAAAUAAUUCUAGUUCUACUGACGCUUCAGUGAAAUCAAAUGAAAAUAUUAAAAACAAGAAAGUUAAGAAAAGGAACUUGAGAUUACAAUCUCGAAAGAAUUGCUCAGUAAUUUGUGAAUCAAAAGAAAGCAACAAUGAACCAAAUGAUAAUAUUCCUAUUAAAAAACCGGAGCCAACUAAGAAUGUAGUUCAACAACGUUCUGUUGCUCAGGUUGUUGCCCGUCGCGAAGAAAAUUUAGAAACAUUCUUCCAACGACCUCCACCUGACAACUGGUGGAACUUAUGCUCAGAUUCCGAAAGCGAUGUUGAGAAACCUAAUGAAUAUAAUGCGAUCUUGGCCACAAGUACAAAUCAAAAAAACAAUGGACAACAAGUUAACUUAGAACCACUGAUCGAAGAAACAAUUUUUGAUCAACAAUACAACGAAAUGUCCGACACAAGUGACGGAGGAGACGAUUUUAACGAACCGGAACUCGACAUUGAAUCUACGGAACCGCAACUGAUCGGCGAAGAUAUGUGGAUGAAGAUCAAAACUAGGAAAAGAACGGCAAAACACAGACCUGAGUUGGUCAACACCAACUUUCAGUUUACUGAAGACGACCUUCUGGCGAUGAAGAUACACGGCAUUUUGAGUGACAGUGAGGAAUCCGAAACUGGGAAGAAUGACUUUGAUGAACUGUACUACAAAUAUAGACCUCCACCCAUUCAAAUUGAUAGAUCCAAAAUUGUCGUCAUCAAGGCCAAAAUAGAAAAUCGCCCUCUGGAAUUAAGUGCUAAUUAGCAAUAAAAUAUAUUUUUAUGUAUAGUUAUAUUCAAAGCUUUCUUCUAUUUAAAAAUUGUAUUAAAAAAUUACACA